CUAAAAAAAAAAAGUAUGCUCAUUGCUCAUUCUGCCUCAAGGAAAAAAAAAAAAAAGGAAGACAAGGGAAAAAGAAAAGUAGAAAAGACAUAUCGCAACCAAAAACGGGUUUUACGCUACCAUUCUUCAAUGCGACUACGACGAAGACUUGAAAAUCCGAGCUUGACUUAUACACAAAUCUGAUAACUAUUUUGAGACGGUACAUCCUUCCAUCAUGCCUCAUUCAGAGCAUGAAGGGCCUUUGACGAAGCGCCAGAAGCUCAAUUCUGUCGCGAGAUCUCAGUCAUCUGCGUCGCAACAGUCUAGGAUAUUUUCUCCCUAUCGGACAAUCGGUUUAGUAUCCCCUACCAAUGUGCCCUUCACUACCGUUCCCCUAGGGAACACGACUUUCCAAGUGACAACGUCGAUAGGCCGUUCGCUUCAGACAUACGAUCUAAAGCGCGGCCUCAAUCUAGUCUUCAUGACUCGACCCCAGACCCCAGCCGACAUUACCGCAACAUGCGCCUGGAGACAAAAGGUCUUUGCUGCUUGGGGUGAUCUACAACACCGGUCUGCUCAGUCUACUCAGUCUGCCCAGGGUAUUUGGAUUUUCCAGAGGGGAAAGAAGGUGGGCGAAUUAGAGCUUCCAUCUGACCUCCAGGAACCUAUAAAGCAAAUUGUCGUUUUCGGCUCUUGGGUCAUCGCUUGCGGCUUAACAAGAAUAGAAGUAUGGAAGACAUCAAACCUCGAACAUUAUACCACCAUUUUCGUUAUGGCUUCAAGGAACGGCGACAACGAACUUACUGGAGGUAUAUGUACAAUGCCGACAUAUCUAAACAAGAUAUUUGCUGGUCGAAAAAAUGGAUGGGUUGAGAUUUGGAACGUCUCUACGGGCAAACUCAUCUAUACCAUACUACCACCUUCUCCAAAAUCCGGUGCCGUCACCUGCAUGCAGCCAACACCCGCACUCUCCCUGAUGGCCGUAUCAUAUGCCGAGGGCCCAUUGGUCAUUCACAACGUGCUCACCGGUAAGCCUGUGCUCCAGGUUAACGCUGGCACUGACGACGAGCCCGUGACAAGUAUCUCCUUCCGUACAGAUGGUCUUGGCGCAGGCCAAGAUGGGCGCAAAGAUGGAAUUAUGGCGACGGCAACGGAGUCAAGCGGUGAUGUUACAUUCUGGGAUCUCAACCAGGGGGGUAGAAUCACAGGUGUUCUCCGAAGCGCCCAUAACCCCCCAACCCAAGUUGGGGCCUCAGUUCGAGGUGGUGUGAGCAAAGUUGAAUUCCUUUCCGGUCAGCCGGUCAUCGUUACCAGUGGUAGGGAUAAUUCCUUGAGGACAUGGAUAUUCGACGAGACUCCGUUCUCCCCCAUACCGCGAAUCCUCCACACGAGAAGUGGCCAUGCAGCACCUGUCACGUGUUUACAAUUCUUGCCAUCCGAUUUCGAUGGUGCUGAAGCAGGAAACAAGUGGCUCCUCAGUGGUGGUAAAGACCGUAGUCUCUGGGGAUGGAGUCUUCGCCGCGAUGGUCAGAGCACAGAGCUGAGUCAAGGAAAUAUUCGCAAAAAGGCCAAGAAGUAUGGGAUCCUGGACAGUACCUCUCUCAGUCGUGGCCCAACUACCACACUCGAUGAUCUGAAGGCACCGGAGAUAACUCAUAUAGCAUGUUCCCUAAAUAGAGACGGCGGUAUGGGCGCCAUGCCUGGCAAACAGGUACUGUGGCAAAAGAGUCAGAAUCACAAAAAGACGGCAGAUGCCGAAGUUAGCGGCAUGACAGGUUGGGAAAGCGUUGUCACAGCGCACAAAGCUGAUUCGUUUGUUCGAACCUGGUUCUGGGGUCGAAAAAGAGCCGGGAGAUGGGCAUUUCAGACCGGCGACGGCGAGAACGUAUCAUCCGUGGCUAUGAGCAGUUGCGGAACGUUCGCCAUUGUUGGCUCGGUUGGCGGAUCGAUUGAUAUGUUCAACCUCCAAUCAGGAUUACAUCGCCAAAGAUUCCCCUCGAAGCUCACACCAGCGCAGGCGAGACAGGUCAAGUUACAACAGCUAAGACAGACAGAUACCGUGUCGCAACUUCAAGCUCGCUCUGCUACCGGCUUUCCACCAGGCGUGGGCAAACAUAAACAAGCCGUCACUGGAAUUGUUGUCGACUCUAUGAACAAACACGUGAUCAGUUGUUCCUUGGAUGGGAAAGUAAAAUUCUGGGAGUUUCUCACGGGAAAUCUUUUGGAUGAGAUCAACUGGGCUCCUAUGACGGGGAUCACGGGUUGCCGCUACCACCCGGCGAACGACCUGAUGGCUUUUUCGUGCGAUGAUAACUCUGUUCGGGUUGUAGACAUCGAGACCAAGCAGACUAUACGCGAAUUCUGGGGAAGUCAGGGCAAAAUAAAUGACUUUAUAUUUUCGAACGAUGGUCGUUGGAUAGUAGCAGCCUCCCAAGACGCUGUAAUACGAGUUUGGGACUUGCCAACUGGCCAUCUAAUCGAUGCUAUCCGGCUCGAGAAACCCUGUACCGCAUUGGCUUUUUCGGCAACCGGCGAAUAUCUAGCAGCAGCCUCGGAGGGAGAACUAGGCGUUAGCGUUUGGAACAACAAGACACUAUUCACCCAUGUACCCACCCGGCAGAUAUCCGAGGACUCGAUUCAACAAAUAGCAGGACCUACAGCAUCAGGAGAGGGAGGCCAAGGCAUGUUAGAAGCAGCAUUUGCAGAGGCACCAUCUAAGGAAGAGGAGGAUGAAAUCGUCUUGCCCAAUUUAGAUCAGCUUAGUACUGAUAUGAUGACUUUGAGUCUGGUUCCACGAAGCAGAUGGCAGACUUUAUUGCAUUUGGAUCUGAUUAAACAGAGGAACAAACCGAAAGAGGCUCCUAAAGCCCCAGAAAAGGCCCCUUUCUUCCUACCAUCAACAGCCAACGCCGGAUCGUCGAGUCUAGACUUGGCUCAACUCAAGGCUAACCAAGAUCAGAGCCAAUCGAGAAUCACGCGCUUUGACCGUGACAGGGUAGACCAAGCAUUCACUAGCAAACUACAAACUGGAGCUGCCACGAAGAAUUUUGAUGAGUUCGUCGAGCAUCUCAAGUCUUUAUCCCCAGCUACGGCGGAUUUGGAGCUUCGUUCUUUAUCGGGAGGUGGUGACAAUGAGUCGAAUGAGUUGCUUCAUUUUAUCCAAGCCUUGACCAGUCGGCUCGUGGCACGGCGUGACUACGAGCUCACCCAGGCGUGGAUGACGGUCUUCCUUCGAUUACACUUCGAUUUAAUACUGGAGAGUGAUACCCUAAUGAGCGCGCUGUCAGAAUGGAGGAGUCACCAAGCAGAAGAAUGUAAUAGGUUAGAUAACCUUGUCAGUUACUGUGGUGGGGUGGUGAGCUUCUUAAGAAGUCCACGGACAUGAUUGAAAGGCUCGUGUCGGGCAACCAACUUCGGGUGUUGUAAUCAGAAUAUAUUGGCCGGCCUUAUGGUACUAUGAGUUUUACUAAGCUUUGCUGUAGCUUUCCACUUAUCUAUAACCUUGCGAGUAGUUUGA